UGGCAUUUUCUGAUCGUCCGAGAUCCCUUCGCUCCCUCUUCCACCAAUGCAAUUUUCAUUUCCAUCUUUCUCCAGGACCUCAUGGAUACUGGCAACAAGACUGUCCUUUCAGGGAAUGUUUCAUCUGUCGAAGUGGGCGUCAGCCAUUCCCCAGAGAAAAUGACCUAUUUAAACCUGGCCACUGCCAUUUUUUCCUUGGUGUCCUUACUGGUGGGGGCAGUUUCCAACGGCCUCUUCCUCUGGGUGCUGGGGGUGAAGAUGAAGAAGACCGUGAAUAGCCUCUGGUUCUCACAUCUGAUUUUCACCUACCUGCUGUUCUGUUCCUCCCUUCCUUUCUUCUCUGUCUACAUCCUGCUGGAAUUCCACUGGGUCUUUGGCACAGUGGUUUGCAAACUUAUCAAUUCCUUAUUUUCACUCACAAUGUUCACCACGGUCUUUCUCCUCACCGUCGUCAGCCUGGACCGCUACCUCCUUAUCUGCCACCCUGUCUGGUCCCAGCACAACCGCGCAAUUCCCCAGGCACGGAAAGUGGUGGCAGUAGUGUGGCUGGUUUCCUCAAUACUCAGUACUCCCUACUUGUUUUUCCGGGUCACUCAAACGGUGAAGGGCAAGACCAAGUGUCUCAAUAAUUAUGCUUUCUCCAGUGAUUGGGAUGGGCCUGAGACGCAGGCCUUGAGGGCUCGCGUUCACUUAGCUCUCUUUGUGGUCCGCUUCUUGCUGGCCUUCUUGCUUCCCCUCCUGGUCAUCACGAGCUGCCAUUGUAGGAUGGGCUGGGAAAUGAAGAAGAAAAGGCUGGUGAGGAACACAAAGCCUUUCCGGGUCCUGGUGGCAGCCGUGGCUUCCUUCUUUGUCUGCUGGCUUCCCUACCAUCUCUACCACAGUUCGCUGUCAUAUUGGGAGUCAUUUGCCUUAACACAACAUGUGUUACUGGCAAUGAUGGUGGUCGGAAUGUGUUUAAAUUUCUGCUUCACUCCGAUUCUCUAUCUGUUUGUUGGAGAGACCUUCCAGCAGGUCUUCAAGACAUCGCUUCUUGCCCUGCUUAAGAGCGGCUUCACGGAUAUCCCCAUCAUCCUUAUCGACAAUACCAGUGCCCAUGUGGAGGGCCACCGAAGCAAUUGCAUCAGCAGCUUGGAGCUGAAGCUCGCUCAAGGAAACGAUCGGUCACCUCCCUGA